AUGCUGCAACUGAUGACGUGGGGAGAAAUUAUCGAAAACUUCAAGACGGAGGGUCAGCUGAAAAUGGCUGUCAUCUUUGACUCCUCCGGUGAAAAAAUCGCGGAGACCGAAGGAACCACCAUGACGUCAACGGAAGCCCUCAACGUCCUCAAAUCACUGAGCACAAUUUCCACCAAUAUCUACGGACUCUUCCUCAUGGGGUCAAAGUUCAGAUGUUUCCACGUGGACAAGGACACGCUGAUUGGUCAGGCUGAUGGAAAUGUGUUGGUGGCACACCGGAAGCAGAAUUUGUUGAUUUGUGGGAUUUCUCGUUUGGAUUCAAAGACUUCCUGUUUGGCCGCGGUCAAGAACUUCGUGCACCGAUUGGUAGCGGAGGGGACACCUGCUCUCUCUGGUGACAGUCUGUUUUAA